CAUACAGUGGUGAAGGAAGGAAGCGUGGCCGCACUGUACAGUCAGGCGUCCGCUAGUAAUACCAAAUAUGAUACUACAGAUAAGCGGGAUUUGCUGAUGGAUGUUGGUUGCUGAUGGAUAUUGGUGGUGUAUUGCACAGUUGGACUACUAGACGCGGCAAGGAUCCCUGCAAGAAUAGGUUGCCUUGGUGGGACAUAGAGGGGAGUGGUGCUGAAAGACAGAAAGCUCAUUAAGAGUGCGCCGCUAUGUGAACAGGAGAUAUCGGGGAGUGGAAUAUAUAUAUAAAAAAACUUGCAAUGGCCGUCAGAAGGAAUAAAUAAAUGCCCACCCUGCAACUCCGGGCUCAGGAUAUUUAACAUUUACAUGUCAUGGCUUUACAAAACACACCAGAGACUUCUGGGACAAGCAAGACAAACCCCAGUAUUCUAGACCUGGGCACUUUCUACGUGGACUCAGAUAUCAUUUUUGGAUUUACAAGCCACCUUUUGAGGAGGAAAGCUAAGGUCGUAGAAGGUUGCUCCAGCAGAGAGACCCCACUGUCUCUGGAACUCGGACCCAGGAAGAGGCGUCAAUUUGUAGAGGAGGAUCAAUGUAGCAGCCGGCCGCCUCCGGAGGGGGCCGGGUCGGUCACCGUCUCAGAGGCGAGCCCCUUAGAGAGGAGGGAAGGGAAGGGAAACUUGUGCAAAAAAUGCCAGCUUAAACUGGCAGAACUGAAGAGGCAGGCUCUUGCUCUAGCUGUACCCGGAUCAUUCAAGGACCCAGGCUUUGCUGCUCUGCUUUUCGACAAGCUCCAAGUGCCUGAGUACCCACAGAAAGGGCGGCAUGAGGGUGAUAACUGCUGUGAAGUCUGUGCCACCCACCUCAAUCAGCUGAGACAGGAAGCCCUCCAGAUGGUCCAGGCCCUUGCCCAGACGGGCAGCAAAGAGACACCUGACUUUGCCUCCAGCACAUUUUCUGGCAUCCCUCAAAGAACUGGGCUUCACAACAUGGUCACCCUCUCCUCUUCCAAGGACUGGGCCCUGCAAGCCAGCAGGCAGACCAGCAAGCCAACCAACACCCUUCCCGGGGCAGAUAGAAGGAAGGGUCUCGGUUGGCCGCAGGGUGUGGGCAACAUACCCAAGUCCAGUGUCCAGGUGACCGUGGGACCGGGAGCCUUGAGCAGCACAUUGAGCUCUGUCACCAUCCAAGCACAGCAAUACCUGGAAGGCAUGUGGAGCAUCUCCAGGGUCAACAACUUCCUUCCUCAGGCCUGUCUGACGCAGGCCACGAUGGCUGAGAAUGGAAAGGAGGGUCCGGGUACUGAAGCCACUUACUGCUCUCCCAGCAGCUGUGUGCAGGCACAACCACAGAACAGCACAACGCCCGGUGCCCAGGGUAUGCUGGGCCAGGCCGGGGUCAGUCCAGGCACCUCAGCUGCUGCUUCCUUCUUCAUUAGGGCGGCACAGAAGCUGAACCUCUCUUCAAAGCGAAAGAAGCAUCACCCGCCAUUGCCUCAUUCCCAGGAACCCUCAGUCUACCCAACCAGCUUCAGUGGAAUUCUGCAGCUGUCCCCUCCCCCUGCACCGCCAUGCCUUCUGAGAGCUGUGUCAAAGGUCAAGGACAACCCAGGAAUGGGAAAGGUAAAGGUGAUGGUGCGCAUUUGCCCCUCUCAAGGAGCGCACGACACGUCCGAAUCAAUGUCUUUCCUGAAGGUGGACCCUCGCAAGAAACAGCUGACCCUUUACGAACCUUCGGCAAAUGGACACUCAAACUCAGGUCACAGACGAACUGUUGUUGCUGCCCCAAAGAUGUUCGCAUUUGAUGCAGUUUUCACCCAGGAUGCUUCACAAGCGGAGGUGUGCUCAGGAACAGUAGCAGAAGUCAUUCAGUCUGUUGUGAACGGUGCAGAUGGCUGUAUAUUCUGCUUCGGUCAUGUCAAGCUUGGAAAAACGUUUACUAUGAUCGGGAGAGAUAACUCCACCCAGAACCUGGGGAUCGUCCCUUGUGCGAUAUCCUGGCUCUUCAAGCUGAUCAACGAACGCAAGGAGAAGACGGGCACACGCUUCUCAAUCCGGGUGUCAGCGGUGGAGAUCUGUGGCAAGGACGAGACUCUCAAGGACCUGCUGUCGGACGUGGCCAGUGGGAGCCUUCAGGAUGGCCAGUCUCCAGGGGUCUACCUCCGGGAGGAUCCCAUCUGUGGAACCCAGCUCCAGAAUCAAAGCGAGCUGAGGGCCCCCACUGCAGAGAAGGCUGCCUUCUUCCUUGAUGCAGCAAUCGCUGCAAGGAGCACCAGCAAGCCAGACUGUGAUGAGGAGGAGAGGAGGAACUCCCACAUGCUCUUCACCCUGCACAUCUAUCAGUACCGCAUGGAGAAAAGUGGCAAGGGAGGAAUGUCUGGUGGUCGCAGCCGUUUGCACCUCAUCGACUUGGGGAGCUGUGAGAAGGUGCUGAGCAAGAGCAGGGAUGGGGGAGGUGGCCUCUGCUUAUCCUUGACUGCGCUUGGCAAUGUGGUCCUGGCACUGGCCAACGGAGCCAAACACGUACCGUACAGGGACAGCAAGCUGACUAUGCUGCUGAGGGAAUCUCUUGGGAAUAUCAACUGCAGAACAACAAUGAUUGCCCACAUCUCUGACUAUCCGGCCAAUUAUGCAGAGACCCUCACUACUAUUCAGCUCGCAUCGCGGAUACACCGCAUGAGAAAGAAAAAAUCCAAGUAUGCCUCAAGCUCAUCUGGAGGGGAUAGUUCUUGUGAAGAAGGUCGAGUCCGUCGACCACCACACCUGAGGCCCUUCCAUCCCCGCACCAUCGCACUGGACCCCGACCUGCCAGUGCUGAGCAUCUCAAGCGACCCAGACUACUCCUCCAGCAGCGAACAGUCUUGUGACACCGUCAUCUACGUGGGACCUGGGGGUGCAGCCCUCUCAGACUGUGAUCUCACCGACAAUGAGGGCCCACCAGAAUUUGUCCCCAUCAUCCCCUCGCUUAACCGAAAGCGUGUGAAAGAAGGCCCGUAUUGCGCCAUCAGGAAAUACAACGGGGACCACUUAAAGUGCAACACAUUUGCAGAGUUGCAAGAGCGGCUAGAGUAUAUAGAUGGCAGUGAAGAGCCGUCUGCAUUCACAAUGGAGGAGGGUCUUUUUGAUGCGAAAGGGGGUCAGGUUUCCUUAAGGACUGAAAGUGUAGCAUCCAAUCCAGGGAAAGAAGGCAGUGUCCCUUCCCCUCGGACUUGUGCGAAAGCAGCCACUCAAGGAAGCCUUUCCCCAAAAAGGACGCAUCAUUCUCCAGCUGCUGGUCACAUGGCUGAUGGGUCUCCACUUAAGUCCAAGUGGCCAACUGCCCAAUCUGAUGGAGGAGUGGGUGGUCCCUUGGAGCACUUGAAUCGAACAAGUGCUGACGGGGAGAAGGUGAUUGUUUCUGAUCAGUGCAGUAGUAUGAUCCAAGCCAGUGCCGCUAAAGCACAAGAGCAGGGGUCUGAGCCAGUGGUGCGGGAAAAAGCAUACUUCAACAGGAGACCUUUGCCCAAACCUGCCCCUCCCCCUCCCCAGAUGGAAGAAUCUAGGAGAGUGUAUCAUGAAUUGGAAGGUAGCUCUGUGACAAGGACUCCUCCUGUUGGAAUGAGUCACCAGGCCCUUAAAAAGGAACCUGGAAGUUCUCCAGUUCUUGGCAAGAUCCAUCCCAUGAGCAGAACACCAGUAGACUUGCGUUCAAAGUUGAGGGGAACGUGCUUUGACCGAGAUAUCCUAACCACCACAGUCACCCUAAAGCAGCCUGUGGAGCUGAAUGGAGAGGAUGAGUUGGUCUUCACAGUAGUGGAAGAGUUAUCCAUUGGGGGAAUGCUGGACAAUGGAAGGCCAUCCAGCAUCAUCAGCUUCAACAGUGAUUGUUCCCUUCAGGCCCUUGCCUCAGGCUCCCGUCCUGUCAGCAUUAUUAGUAGCAUCAAUGAUGAAUUUGAUGCAUAUACCUCCCAAGUAGCUGCUUCUGGGGUCAACAUUGACCUGGUUUCCCCCUUUUCGAACCCCUUUGUCUGUUCCGGUAGUAGGCGCUCUUCUAUCAGUUCCUGGCUCAGCGACGUGAGCCUCUGCACUUUGGAGAGCGAUGGUGUCCAGUCCAGCAACACUUACAUGGAUCCUGAGGGUGCUUUCUGUUUGGAUUCCCUGGGAAUGCUCCAUAAGGAGAUCUUGUCACCACAUGGUGCCAAGAGCUCCAUGAAUGACAGUGGCUUUUGCUUCUCAGAACUGGACAGUGAUAGUGCGGCUUCCAGCAAACUAUCUCUUAGUGUCACAAAGUGCCAAUCAACUCCUGAGUCUAGCAAAGCAGCUAAAACAGCUGCCUGUCCAGUGGGGAAAGCCAACACCCUCAACAACUCCCAAAUACCCUCAGCCCCACAAGUUGUUCACUCCAGUCUUCCCAGGAAAAUGAAACCUACCUCAACAGCCGCUCAUUGCGGCAGCAGCAGCAUCCAGAACUGCUGUGAACUUCAACAGCAGGAGGGCAGACCAGAUGACCCCUGGCUGAUGCGCAUGGACAACCAUUCAGACUCAAAAACCACCGACUCUGUUAGCAAACUCUCCAGAAGUGGCACAAGCAUCCCGACCAAGAAAUCAGGCAUGAACAUCAGCAGUGUGCACCUUCCGGCCAAGUCUCAGGUGUCUUCCUCAUCCCAAAGGGUGGUGGAUGGCUGUGAGAAAUCAAGCAGCAAAAAAUCUGAGUUGCCCAGCAAAAUGCCUCAAUUUAGGAGAGGUGCUACCACACUUGGCACAGUCCCAGUUAUCCAUAAUCAACCUUCCUCGGAGUCCAAAGGAAACCAUGAGGGUGCCGCAACAACUGGGAGCCUAAAGUCCUCCUCAUUAGGGAAGAAGGCAACUGUGCAGAAAGGCAGUUUGCUUCCAAAGCCUGGUGGUACUUCACCUCCUGCACCACCUGUCCGUAAAUCCAGCUUGGAUCAGAAGAACAGAGUUUUGCUGCCCCCCAGUGCCUUACAAACAGCAGGCCAAGAUGCAGGGACAUUCUCUGCACCCAAGGCUGCAGAAGAGGAGGUUGAUGUGAGAUCAAAGGUUGAGCCCAACAGUCACAAAACCUCAAGCUUAAAGGCCGAGCACACUUCGGCCAAAACGACUUCCAGUCUGAAGCCUCGUGGGGCAAAAAUAGAUGCUGGGCAGUGCUAUGGAAGCCAGAUAUCUCUAGAGAAAUGUGAUAGCUUGAGUUCAGUGGGAUCCAAAGCUGGACUUUCUAGGGAAAACUGUGGUGCCAGCUUGGUCAACAAUGGCAGGACCAGUCGGUCAGUGCCGAGGCUUGGAGUUCCACCCUCCACCUCCACCCCUACUGCUACCUCCCCACCUUCCUGUGCAAUCCCGGGACCACCGGGAAAAACAGGGCAGAUCAAAGGCAGUAUCAACCCCAAGGCUGUCGGAAUCUGUGGAAACAAAACACGUACUUUGUCUGCCAGCAGCAGUUCCAAGCCCUUGACUUCCUCCACCAAAUCUCUCACCCCACCAACUGUACGGAGCGCCAACUUACCUCUCAAUGGGAAGCCGCCAACUCGGUCCAUGCCAGGGGUCAAUGGCAAGCCAGGCCGGGGGACUAUCAUGGGCACCAAGCAAGCCAUCCGUGCUGCCAAUAGCCGAGUGAGCGAGCUAGCUUCUGGCAGCUCUGGGAAGGGCCACUUCAGGGCCUCUGGGGACUCAGACAGUGGUAACGACAGUGGGGUAAACCUCAGUGAUGACAAGUCGCCCCUUCCAAUGUUGCCUUCUCCCUACAGCAAAAUCACUGCCCCCAGACGGGCGCAGCGCUACAGCAGCGGACACGGUAGUGACAACAGCAGUGUCUUGAGCGGAGAGCUGCCCCCGGCAAUGGGCCGGACAGCAUUAUUUUACCACAGCGGGGGCAGCAGCGGCUAUGAGAGCAUGAUCCGGGACAGCGAAGCAACGGGCAGUGCUUCUUCCGCCCACGACUCAAUGAGUGAGAGCGGCAUGUCCUCUUCCGGUCGCACCAGGACUUCCAAGUCCCCCAAGAAGAGAUCAGCCGGGCUGCAGCGAAGGCGCCUGAUUCCUGCUUCACUGCCAGACACCUCAUCCUUGGGGAGAAAGCCUAGCACGACUGGCCAGUGGGUGGACCUGCCACCCCUGCCUGGGACACUGAAGGAGCCCUUUGAGAUCAAGGUCUACGAGAUUGACGAUGUGGAGCGACUGCAGAGACACCGGCAUGAGGACCCUGUGGAGCAGCCAUUCCAGGAUGUUGAAAAGGGUCUGCUGUAUUUCAACACAAAAUUAAAGCUUCUAGAGAGGCGCCAUCAGCAGAUCAGAGAGCUGAAGGCAAAGCAUGAUAUGUUGAAGGUAGAGCUGGAAGAUACAAAGCAAAGGCUGAUGAUGGAUCCUGGCAAGUGGACAGGGGAGUUUGAGGUUGACCUGGGCCUGGAUAAGGAGUCCCAGGAGUAUCUGGAGGCACUGGAACAAGCCACUGAGGAGCUGGAGUACUGUGUCAACCUAUGCAAGUCACGCGUCAUGAUGGUGACCUGUUUUGACAUUGGGAUGGUCUCUGACAUGCAAGAUGGGCUGCGAGAAGUCGAGGUUUGAAGGAGAGAGGAGAAGUGAAAGGGAACAAAAGAAAAAGGAAUCUUUACCCAGCCAUUUCUUUUGGAGGAGAACAUAAAGGAAAGACGUGCAGUAUUAAAAACACUAUGUGGAUACAUUAUCAGUAGAAGAUGGGAGAGGAAUGUGAAUAAGGACUUAAUGUGGAGACGGUGGCUUAUUUAAAAAAAAAAAAACAAGACUGUACAAUUCUAUGGUGCCUCAAACCCUAUAACUGUGGAGAAAAAGGAAGGCUGAAAAAAAGCAUACAAACUAUUUCCGCUCUCCACACGGCAGAAGGAAGCGACGCAAACCAAGAAGAUAUUCAACUAAACCCGAAAGUGCCUUUUUUAAGUAACUAUUUUUUUUUGUAUUGGUGCUAGUAUUAAAACCAGCAUACCUAAGCAAACCCUAAACAUAUUCCUAUAAAAAAAACAAAACAAAACAAAAAAAAACUAUUUUAUAUUGUAUAGUGUAUUUAUAUGAUUAUACAGUAUGUAAAAAUAUCAUUGUAGCAUCAAAAAGCAAUAAGUUAAAUAUUAUUGCAUCCCAGACUUUGCCUUCUCAUGUCAAACCUCAGAAUCGACUUAUACUCAUGGUCAUAAAGCCUUUAGAAAUGUUGUUCUCUCCUUUCUUUUUUUUUUUUUUUUAAUACGAACAUAGAAGUCGGACCCUAAAGGGUUCAUCUUUCUUAUACUGGGUUCAAACUCGAUUUUCAUAAGUGGUUUCUGACAGUGAAACGGAUUUGCCACGUAUUUUUGGAAUUCUUUGCCAUUAAAUAACGUGUGUUCAGUUUUUCAGUUUCCUUGACUAUGCCAAUUCCCAGUAGAUGUUAAAUGCAGUACAGUAGAACCUUGUUGGUUAAGAAUUGAAUUCCAUACUUUUUGAACUCCCUCCAGUCAUGGGAGUAGCAUGUUAUCAAUGAAGUCUAAGCACAUGACAUUGGCACUAAGGUGCUACACCUUGCCCUAUGCACUCUUCUGGUCUGGCACAGUGAGUUGCAGACCUCGACAGUCCAGUUAAGUCUGUUCAACGUGACUGACGAGAAUCAGAAACUGACAGGCAGUGUCUGGAGGUUAACUCGCAUAUUCUCUAGUCUAUUCUAGAAAGUGUUGCCACUAGGCAUCCAAUGUUGGAUAAGUAAAUAAAAGAUCUAUACCAAAUCUUGACAACCCGUUUGAUAGAUCUGUUAUUUAUUUAUUUAUUUUUUCAAUAGCAACAAAGUAUUUAAGUCAGGGUUAUUUUCAAAACUUGGCAAGCAUAAAUACAUUGUGACACGCAUGGAUCGGCUGAGCUUUUGUAAUUCAACUUGCAAUUAUUAAAUAUGCAUAACCUGUGAUUCAGUGUUUUACCGGAUUCUGCCAAGUCGCCCAUAAAGUUGCUGUUAAGUCAAAAUUAUUAACAUUAAGUAGAUAGAUUAUGUUUACAGUUAGGCAUGCUUAAAAUUCAAAGGUAGAAAAAAAUAUUGUACUUGAUCAUUGUAUUAAAGAAAGUGCAGUUAACAUAUUUAUUGACUGGUGAAAGUUGGGCAGUAUGUCCACUGUUUUGUCAUUUUAAAAAAAUGUGCACAAAACAAACAUUAAACUUUAAAGCUACAGUGCACAGUGCAAAAGCACAUCAUCAAAAAACACAUUUGUAGGUGAAAAACACUAGACUAAAAGUACCUACUUUUAAAAAAUACAAACACGUGAAAUUUUCGGGCCACUAAAAUAAAUGGCUUUACAUAAUCUCUGGAAGUAAGAAAUUGGAGUGUCCAGUGUGAAAACACAACACGAAAUAAUACAUUAACGUAGCAUUAAAAUGUUCAAUACAAAAAAAUGCCUGUUACAGGCUCUUGCAGUGUGUAAAAAAUAAUUUAAAAAACUAAUUUAAAAAAAUCCAAAAUAUGGAUUGGAGCGUAACAGGAAAGCAUAAUCAAUCAGACUGCGGAGUCUGUAUCAUUUGAUUUGAAACCGCCAAACUCCAUGUCUUCAUCAUCUGAACCUUCAUCUGAACCUUCUAGGCAGUUUUUUCUAUUCACGUGAGCAACGGUAUUUCCCCUCAGGCAUUAUUUGCGCAUGGUUAUUAAAAAACAAAAAUUAAUGGUGAAAAUUUUAAUUCAGCUAAAAGUUGGGGGGGGGGGGGAUCGUUCAAACCGGGGCGUUAACUUGACUCGACUCGGCAGAAUCCAGUAGUUCCAGAACUUGAGCAACAGCGAUUUACUCAAAAUAACCUCCUUGGUGAUCAAGUUGUUUCGCAUUGCUUGCCUAAAUUUCCAUUGCCAAUAGAUAUAAAGUAAGCAAAAAAAAAAAUGACACCAAUUGCUAUUAGACUAAAAGUCUAUUAUGAUAUGCCAACAGGAUAUAGAUUUUUUUUUGUGUCCUUUACUAUUACAGUUUUUAUUUCUUUUACCCAAGGCAGAUGAAACUCAGGCCCUUUUUGAAAAUGCUGCAUGACGUGUGCUUUCUUCUUUUUUUUUUUUUAUGAAAAUAAAACCUAGGCUUUCACUAACGUAUGGUUAAAUAACUGCUGACAAACUAUUGCCAAACUGAAAACAUUUUUUUAAAUGGAUUUAACAAUGUAUGUAAUGUUACAUUUCAUAUCAAAUCAUAUUUUCUAACGUCAUUGUUUUUGUAUAGGGUUUCAGAUCCUUUGUAUAAAUGUAUAUUAUGACAACUUGCAUCGGCUUUUAUUUGUGAAUAAAAGACAUGUUCCUUAA